UGCCUCUUUAUAUCUUUUACGUAAAGUACUGGUGGCCAUCUUGUAUGUCUGUUCAAUGUUUUAAAUUUGCGACAGUAAACUCUUGACGUAACAAUUGAAUGACGUUGGAUAUAACAAGAAUUUGCGGAAAAGCGAAUUUCGCUCCAAAAAAUAGUGUGUGUCUUAGCGCAUGUAACGUAGAGAUCCUGUGACGUGAUAUAUUUGAAAAGGAAAACCAAAAGAAUUGAAAAUGAAGUAUAUAUUGACAUAUUCGUCGCUUAGAAAUUUUAUUUUUGCUGUUCUCCAUUUCUUUGAAGGAACACCAAACCGUUGGAAAUAUGUUAGCGAAUAUAUCGAAAGACUGCGUAAAACCGAUAAAGAAUACCAGGAUUUAAAAGUAAUAUUAGGAGACAGAAAAGCAAAAGAAGUAAAUAUUGAGUUAUUUGAUGAGAAAACGUGUGUAAACUUAUAUACGAUAGUAAAAAAUGAUUAUCCUGAGCUUUUAGAAAAGAAUUUUCAUUGGGACAUUUUUUAUCGCGAACAAGGAAACUCAAAGGAUGGAUUUAAAUGUAUAAUCUUGAAAUCUCCAUGUACUCAUUGUGUAUUAUGUAAAAGUAAACUAACAACUAUUUCAUCGCCAAGUUUUCCAUUUGUUUUUACCGAAACUGGUAGUUACAUUGCAGCUUCAUAUACGUCAGAGUGCCGGAUUUGUAUGUAUAAACCCAGAUAUAAUGUGUCGUAUUAUACAACAACUGAAGACGAUCGUGCUAAAAGAAACUACAUGAAUGUUGAAAAUACGGACUAUUUUUUGAGCACUUCACAAACCUGUUUUUCUAAGAGGUAUCUUGAUUUAUGUUCCAAACAGAUUCAGUAUAUGGGUGCUUCAUUUGAAUCGAUUGCUGAUGUGUACAACGACCAUCAUAACGGAAAUAAUGAAUAUCACUUAAAGCAGUUGUCAAAUUUUCAAAGAGGAAAGCAAGUGCUCACACAAGGUGUUUUAAAUCCGCAACGCUUAGAGGAAGCCUGGUUUAUAUACAGAGUAAGCACCUAUUUUCCAAUAGGAUUACCGAUAAGUACUAUGGAAUCUGGAUUGUUGGAUAUUGAAGAAAUGUGUAAAAUAUAUACUGACAAAUUUAUGGCAAAACAAGAAAGUUGGAUACAUCAUUCGUGUGCGGUAAAGGGUUGUACAGAAGGUUACGUUACAAUUGAUGGUAACGAAAAGUUAAGACGAAGCAUUUGUUCACAAAGUGGGGAAAAGAUUUUAUCAUCAGAAGGACUACGUAUUCAAGAUUGUUGUCCAGAAGAUCCUGGAUUUGGAGGACGAUUUAAAAAGCCUGUUAAAUUUUGUGUGAAUCACCAAGAAUGUGUUGAAAAUGAGGAAAAUAAAGAUGAAAAUGAAAUGACUGUAAGAAAGUCUUCUCGGAAGCGAAAAUUACCAUUAUACUUAAAAGAAUACGAAAGUUUGUACAGCGACGAAAGCAUUGAGAGAAUAAUUGUAACAGACGAAGAAGUGAAAAGUUGCAAAGACAAAUCGAAAUUGAACAAGUUUUACAAAACAACAGCUGGUAUGCUCUUCGUAAUAAGACCAUGUGGUGUCAUUGUAGGUUUUGCGGAGAUGUACAGCCAUGAAUCCCUUACACAAGUGUUUUUGCUGUUACGUAAAAUGUUUUUUAUGGAUGACAGUUGCAAAAAAAGGAUUAAGUAUCUCGGUUAUGACAGAUGUUGCGAGUUGAAACCUUUUUUGCGUCGGCUUGUAAAGGAAAAUGUUGCAGGUUCAGAAGAAAUGUUAAAUGAUGUACAGUUUCUCGUAGACAUUUUUCAUGUACUGAAGCACACAAAACCCAGUUGUAUGCCUUUAAACAAUAACCCGUUAUGUGAAUUUCACCCAAAACUAGACAAAUUCAGUGAAAUUCAUGGCUGCAACACUGAAAGUUGUGAGCAGGCUUUUAAAAAACUGAACAGGUUCAAAUAUUCCACCAGACAUAUGACAAGGCAUAAACGAGUAGUUUAUUUUUGUUUGAUCAACUGUGACCACAAUGAAAGCAUUGACAAUAAGACCGUAUGAAAUAAAAUCAUAAAUGGAGUAGUAAUAAAUAUAUAUCUGAAAAUAUCUUGAAAUAUAUUUAUCCCAUAUUUUAUAAUAUGUACUUUUUGCAUGUCAAAUAGUAAACAAAAACCACGUUGGUUAUUUGCCAUUGUAUUUGCAUGGCAUUUUAAGUAUUGGCACUGUUAUACGUAAGUCCUCGACCAUUAUAAAAAUUGUUAAAAUAUAUCUUUCAUGAAAUUUAUUUAAAAAGUUUAAAAUAUUUCAAUGUGUUUUGGUUAUUGAGUAUACCUAACUGAUUUCAAAUCAAGUAUAAGUCGCUCAUCAUUUUAAAAGAAUGGUAGAUAAAUAGAUAGAUAGAUAGUUUAUGUAAUUUCUAAAAAAGUUUAAAAAUUAUUGAUAUAUAAAAAUGUGUCCUGUCCAAAAUAGGUUUGCAGGUUAUAGCACAUUUGUUUAUAAAAUUAACAUUGGUACCCCAAAACAGAAGACAGUUUUUCACGAUUUGUAAACAUGUGACAGUUCUUAUUCUCACUGUUUGUAUAUUCAUAAAGUUCGUUCCUCAAAUCAUCAUAAAGCAUACAUUCAAGUAGUACAUGUUCCUCAGUUUCCAUUUCACUUUUACACAAAAAGCAAGUCCGUUCAUGCAUUGGGAAACGUUUCGUAGCGCGCGGUUUCGAAUCGUAUAGGUGCAAUAUUUAGUGUUCAUAUACCUUAAACGAAACCAAUGAUUUAUGAAUGGUAAUUGUAUAUUUCUUUGUCAAUUGUCUGCUUUAUAUUGUUUAUGUACUCUGUUUGUACUGUAUAUUAUGUAAUGCAAGGAGUGAGACUAAUAAAAUAUUGAAUGUGAAUCUGUUAA